GGACCGGACAGCAGCGGCCCCGUCCGUGCGGCGGCCGCGUCUCCCUCGGCGGGGCGGCGAAGACGCCCCGGGGGCUCCGGCGGCGGAGCUCUCCACCCGCGUCCCCCCUCGACGGGCUGGCUCGCCCCUGCCGUCGUUUUCAGCAUUGUUUGUGUUUUGCCCGAGGAGCGACCUCUUCCCCGGGAGCGCGGGCGAGGGCGGCGGCCCCUCGCCCCCGCGAGCCCGCCGCGGCUCCCCGUCCCCGUCCCCGCCCGGCCGCCGGGGCCCGGGAUGCGCCCCGCCCGGGGGCCCGGCCCUCUCCCGCGGCCCCCCGGCCUCGGCCUCCCGGGAAUGCGAUUCUGCACAAUUUGGGAGCCGGGCUGCGAGUUUCCUCGGCGGCGGCGGGCGUGAGAGGCGGCGGCCGGGGGGUGAAGUUCACCGCCCCCCAACCCCCACUUUCCGGCGACCUUCGGGGGCCCGGGCCCCGGCUCCAGAGGGGGAGACCUGUGUUUUGUUUGGGGGCACCCGGCGGAGCAGGGGCGCGGGGCGGGCUCCCGAGCCUCCCGGGCUCCUGAUCAAAGCAUUCCGCUAUUCUGAUUUAUCGCCUGCCGGCUGAGUUAUUCCUUCUUCCCGGCGAAGGAGACCGGUGUGUUCAGCCAUUACUUCGCGCGGCGCUGCUCCCGGCAUCCCCGACCCGGUGCUCGCGGCGCCCGCACUUGGGCUCCGCGCCCCGCCGCCCUCCGCCCCUUCCCCCUCUCUCUCUUUCUUCCCGUCUCCGGCCGCCGUCUCCCCGCCGCACCCGGCCGGGGCGGGGGGCACUGGGCAGGCCGCCGGCGGAGGGUUCGGGUUCGGUGUCAAUUGUUUUUCUUUUUUCUUUCUUCUUCUUUUCUUUCUUUCUUUCUUUUUUUUUUUUUUUUUUUGUGUGUGUGUGGCCGCGGCGGGCGGGCGGCCAGCGGGGACACCCCGGCGAGGGACAGCCAUGGAUGGCCCGACUCGGGGCCAUGGACUCCGCAAAAAGCGGCGGUCGCGAUCGCAGCGAGACCGAGAGAGGCGCUCCCGGGGCGGACUGGGGGGCGGCGCGGCCGGCGGUGGCGGGGCCGGCCGGACCCGGGCGCCCUCGCUUGCCUCCUCGUCGGGCUCCGACAAGGAAGACAAUGGGAAGCCCCCGUCCUCCGCCCCGUCCCGGCCCAGACCCCCGCGGAGGAAGCGGAGGGAGUCCACCUCGGCCGAAGAGGACAUCAUUGAUGGAUUUGCCAUGACCAGCUUUGUCACUUUUGAAGCGCUGGAGAAAGAUGUAGCACUUAAGCCUCAGGAACGUGUAGAGAAACGUCAGACUCCCCUGACCAAGAAGAAACGAGAAGCACUUACCAACGGCUUGUCCUUUCAUUCAAAGAAGAGCAGACUCAGUCACCCACACCACUAUAGCUCCGAUCGAGAAAAUGACCGCAACCUCUGCCAGCACCUGGGGAAGAGAAAGAAGAUGCCGAAGGGACUCAGACAGCUCAAACCAGGACAGAACAGUUGCAGGGACAGUGACAGCGAGAGUGGCAGCGGGGAGUCCAAGGGCUUCCACCGGAGCAGCUCUCGGGAGAGGCUGAGUGACAGCUCGGCGCCUUCCAGCUUGGGGACAGGCUACUUCUGUGACAGUGACAGCGACCAGGAAGAGAAGGCCUCGGAUGCUAGCUCCGAAAAACUCUUCAACACUGUUCUGGUAAACAAAGACCCCGAGCUGGGAGUUGGUGCGUUGCCCGAGCGUGGUGGCCAGGAUGCUGUCCCGAAGAUAUCCGGCCUAGAGAGAAGCCAGGAGAAGAGCCAGGACUGCUGCAAAGAGCCUCUCCUUGAGGCUGCAGUGCUCAAAGACUCCUGUCAUCAGGUCCCCCCAGCCCGUCCCCAGCCCCCGGCGGAGCCCCCACUCCGGCCGCCAUCGCGGGACCCCGACGCGCAGCGCCCAGAAGCCACUCCCCAGCCGCCGCCGCCUGCCUCGCAGCCUCCACAGGGCCCCCCAGAGGCCCAGCUGCAGCCCGCCCCGCAGCCUCAGGUGCCCCGGCCGCCCAGGCCCCCGUCCCCGGCCCAGCUGCCUCACCACAGCCUCCCAGUGGUGCAGACCCACCCAGCCCAGAGCCUGGCCCAGCCGCUGUCGGCCUACGCCAGCAGCAGCCUAAGUGUCAAUAGCUUAAGCAGCAGCAGGAGCAGCACUCCGGCGAAGACCCAGCCCGCCCCUCCUCACCUCUCCCACCAUCCUUCUGCCUCCCCAUUCCCCCUGUCCUUGCCCAACCACAGCCCCCUGCACAGCUUCACACCCACCCUCCAGCCCCCCCCACACCCGCAUCACCCCAAUAUGUUUGCCCCACCCACGGCUUUGCCUCCUCCACCGCCGCUGACGUCAGGGAGCCUGCCGGUGCCCGGACACGCAGCCGGGGGCACCUACUCAGAGCAAGACAUCCUGCGGCAGGAACUGAACACGCGCUUCCUGGCGUCCCAGAGUGCUGACCGUGGUGCCUCCCUGGGCCCCCCGCCCUACCUGCGGACCGAGUUCCACCAGCAUCAGCACCAGCACCAGCACACGCACCAGCACACGCACCAGCACACCUUCACGCCGUUCCCCCACGCCAUCCCGCCCACCGCCAUCAUGCCCACGCCAGCACCUCCCAUGGUGCGUACCCCAGGCAGAAAUUUUGACAAAUACCCCACCAAGGUUGACCCCUUCUACCGGCACAGUCUCUUCCAUUCGUACCCGCCUGCAGUGUCCGGCAUCCCCCCCAUGGUCACGCCCGCGGGCCCCUUUGGCUCCCUGCAGGGAGCCUUUCAGCCCAAGACCUCCAACCCCAUCGACGUGGCAGCCCGGCCUGGGACUGUCCCGCACACCCUACUCCAGAAAGAUCCAAGGCUGACAGAUCCUUUCAGGCCCAUGCUGAGGAAACCGGGGAAGUGGUGCGCCAUGCACGUCCACAUUGCCUGGCAGAUCUACCACCACCAACAGAAAGUGAAGAAACAGAUGCAGUCGGACCCACACAAGCUGGACUUCGGCCUGAAGCCUGAGUUCCUGAGCCGCCCUCCUGGCCCCAGCCUCUUUGGAGCUAUCCACCAUCCCCAUGACCUGGCGCGGCCUUCCACUUUAUUCUCUGCUGCUGGUGCUGCACAUCCGGCCGGAACCCCGUUCGGGCCGCCUCCCCAUCACAGCAACUUCCUCAACCCUGCUGCUCAUCUGGAGCCCUUCAACCGGCCAUCCACGUUCACCGGCCUGGCAGCUGUGGGAGGCAAUGCCUUCGGGGGACUGGGGAACCCCUCCGUCACUCCCAACUCAGUGUUCGGCCACAAGGAUGGCCCCAGUGUGCCGAGCUUUAGCCCUCAUGAGCCCUGGAACCGGCUGCACCGGACGCCCGCGUCGUUCCCGACCCCUCCACCCUGGCUGAAGCCGGGGGAGCCGGAGCGCAGCGCGUCUGCUGCAGCCCAUGACAGAGAUAGAGACAUAGAUAAACGAGACUCAUCUCUUAGUAAGGAUGACAAAGAAAGGGACGGCGCCGAGAAGAGGCCGCCCGGACACCGCUCACCCGCGCCCGCCCCGCCGGGUGUCCCGGGCCACGCCAGGGCCCAUGCGACCCCCGAGGCCCGCGACAAGGACCGGGCCCGGGAGCCCGCAGACCCGCGCCGGGAGCCCAGCGAGCUAAAGGCGAAGGAGGCACCGGCGCCCGAGCGCGACCCGGGCGAGGAUAAGAGGCCGCCGUCGCCCUUCACGCGCCCCGACGCCCGGCCAGGCAGCAGCGCGGGCCGCGAAGCCGAGGCAACGCGACGGGGCGAGGGCGGCCCCGAAGCCCGUCGGGGCCCCGAGGUGCGGGUGAAGGAGGAGCGGCGCGAGGACCCGGAGCCGCCAGAGCCCGCGCCGCCGCCGCCGCGGCCCGCCGAGAACCCCGCCGGGCCCGCAGCGCCAGGCGCGCCCGCCCCCGCACCCGGCGCGCACCUGGGCGGCCUGGACCGGACCCGCAUGGUGACGCCCUUCGUGGGGCUCAGCCCGCUGCCCGGCGCCGAGCGCUUCCCGUACCCGGCCUUCCACUGGGACCUGCGGGACCCGCUGCGCGACCCCUACCGCGAGCUGGAGCUGCCGCGCCGCGACCUGGGCCGCGACUUCCUGCUGCCCCGGCUCCCGCCGCGGCUCUACGAGGCCGAGCGCUUCCGGGACCGCGAGCCUCACGACUACGGCCACCACCACCACCACCACGACCCCCGCCGCGAGCCCGACGCGCGCCCGGCCGACGAGCGCGAGCGCCUGCACCUGCUGCGCGACGACUUCGAGCCGCCGCGGCUGCACGCGCUGCCCCCGGGCGCGCUGCCGCCCGGCGCCCUGGACGCGCACCUGGCGCCGCCGGGGCUGCUGGCGCCCGGCCUGCCCGGCCUGCACUACCCGCGCCUGAGCCCCGCGGCCGCGCCCCAGGCCGCGCUGCUGCCCAAGACGCCGCCCGCCGCCGCCCUCAGCGCGCCGCCGCCGCUCGUGUCCGUGUCCGCGCUCGGCGCACGCCCCGGCUCCCCACGCAGGACUACGCCGCUGCCCCCCGCGCCCGACGCCCGGGACCGGCCGCCCUCACACGCGCUCAAGGACAUCGAGGCCCGGUGAGGGACCCGGCGCCAA